CACCUGUGAGUCAGCCAGUCAUGAGGCGGAGCCGCUUCGUGUGCUCUGUAUUCUCUCCAACCUUUGCUCUCGUUUAGUCUGUCUUUCUCCUUCUGCUCUGCGUGCGUUGACACUCAGUCACUAUACGAGCGUUCUUUAAUCUUGUAGCUGGAAAACAAAGCUUUUAUUAGUUUCAAUAAGAGGAAGGAGUUAUCAAAAAUGGAUUCCUUAUAUUUCAGAGUAUGAAGAUUCAUGGGUUGGUUUUUGGCUUUGGCAAAAAAAAAGAAGAAAGAUUGAUAUUGUUAUCAGGUAUAUUUUUAAUCAGUAGGCAGUAUUACCAGUAGUUCACGUCAUGAACCGGUACAGAGUGAUUGGGUAUCUUGAUGGUGAUAACUUUCUAAGUGAUGAGAUAGCAGUUUUGUCUUGGGCUUCAUGUAUAGCGGAAUAAGCCCAAUUUCUAACACAACGUAACAUUCCCAACUGUUUAAAAUGAAAUAUUGUUCAGUAAUUACAUAAUUUCGUAUCUGGUGGGUUUACAACCGAAGUUUGAAAACUCCUUCUUAACAGCCCCUAAUGAUAUCUUCAACUUUUUUCUCUUGUAACUGAGAACCUGAACAAGUGCCUAACUCUGGCGUUCUUUCCAUUUUAUAUGGGCCCCUUGCAGCCCUUCUGUGUCUCUCCACCGAUGGACCAAGUUCGUGAGUUGAUGAAUCAUUGUUCGGUGCCAUCCACGUCCGACGCUACAGCCACCACUGUCCCAGGUCCUGGCGGGGCUCCUUCUGCUCCUCCGGUACCAGUGGGGUGCCUCGGAAAUCGCAUGCUGUCACGCAACGUAAAUGGCACAGGUUACAGCGGAAGGAUGUAUGGAGAGCAUCACAACGCCCCCUGCCGGCAACCAGCAUUCGGACAACAAGGAACCAUUUGGCUCUUCAAGGUUGUUCUUACACACUGAGAAACGAAGAAAAAAAAUAAUUCUUCAGGAAGUCAUUGAUUCCUCUCUUAAACUCCUGUAAAGUAUUGGCCUACACUACUGCCGACGGCAACUCAUUCUAUAAGUCAAUCACCUUGUUAGAAAAAUAAAACUU